GAGAGGGGGGGGGGGGGGGGGGGAGAGGGGCGCAGGGCAGCGCUGAAGCCUCGCCCAACACAAAGUGGAUGUGACAGGCAAACGCAGGUGGGAUCGGCCACCCGAGACCCAAACAUCAGCCCAGCUGCCGCAGGAGUCGCCUCUUUAACCCUGUCCUCCCGCUGUUUGCACGCAGAUCACUCCCGGCAGCGGCUCCAAGCAGUUUCUUCCGGGCGUUUACUCCAGGAAAGCGCAGAGAGGGAGGUCAACAAUCCCUCUCCUCCAAGCGACAAGGUCGCUAGCAACGACCCACCAAGACUCUGAGGACAGCUGUAGCAGAGAGUGCUCUGGGCUGUGCUUCCAGCUCCAGUGGUGUUGUGUGGAGAGACGGGGGUGGAGAUUGUGCCCGUGUGUCACCGUUUCCUGCCGAUGUGAGGCCAGGGAAAGACGUCGCCUCCUCCAAGAGCCUGUCCUGUGCCUUUACUCGCCCGGCGACCAUUGGAAGCCCUUUGCCUGAAGUCCAGCACUUCACGAGUGGAUGAUGUGGUCUCUCCCCCACUUGAAAACAAGGAUCAUUUGGUGGGGAUAAGAGAGAGAGUGAGUGAGACGGGACUUUGAUCCGUGUUUUGCUGGGGAGGUUUAUAACCCGUGGAAGGCAGCAAGCAGUUGGAUGUUUUAUUUCUGACCCGUUCCCGUGCCUGACUGACCAUGCCGGCCAAGACGCCCAUCUACCUGAAGGCGAGCAGCAACAGCAGCAGCAAGUGGGGCAAGAAGUUCAGGCUGAGGGAUAUCCUGUCCCCCGACAUGAUCAGCCCGCCGCUGGGAGACUUCCGACACACCAUCCACAUCGGCAGGGGAGGCGAGCACGACGUGUUUGGGGACAUCUCCUUCCUCCAGGGCAAGUACGACCUGCUGCCCGGGAACCAGGGCAAACCCAGGGCCAUCCACAGCGAGUUCUCCCGGGCCAACAGCACGCCCAACCCGACCUUCCCCGACGCCCCGUCGCCCGUGUUGAAGAACGCCAUCUCGCUGCCCAGCGUCGGGGGAUCGCAGGCUCUCAACCUGCCCCUGCUCAGCUCCUUCGCCUUCGUGUCCCAGUCCAGGAGAGACACCCCGGCCCCUCCCAAACCGCCCAGGCUGCAGACAGACGGCGAGCAAGAGCCGGGCGAGAGGUGGGACAACGGGGUCUCCAUCACUGAGGGGCGAGGCGAGCCCAUGGUCCCGCACAACAGUAGCAAACGGAGCCACGGCCACUCCUGUCAAACCGUGGACUGUAGACCCGCGGGAGGAGAUCCCUAUCCUGAUCCCUAUCCUGGGCCACACGGGGUGAGCAGAAGCGCCAAGCCUCCAGAGGACUCCCUCAUCAACCUCACCGCUUCCUUCCUUUCACUUCAGUUGGAUUUGGGGCCUUCCAUUCUGGAGGAUGUCCUGGACGUCAUGGACAGAAAGCCCCAGCUGGAGGUCAAAUAACACGACAGAAUGGGCUACAGGGAGGUUGGAUCUCUCUCACGCUACACCAAGAGCUCCCCCCUUUGAGCACCGUUGGUCUGCAGACUGAAAUCUGUCCCCCCCCCCCCCACGGGAAGGUUUUGUGAAUCACCCAUCUGCAUCUUUCUUCACACUCCUGAGGGCCAUCAAGGACCAAGAUGGUGCCCGAGGCAUCUUCCACAACCAACAAGGGAGGGAUGGCCGACGUGCAAUUGCUCCAUGGUGGAGCAGUCAAUCCAUCUUCAGGCAACGUAGCCAGAUCUAAAUGAACAGCAUCAAUGGCUGCUUUGUUUCUUUGGUACCAGAGCGACAUUUUUGUGUGCAAUUAAACGUGGGUGACUUGACAUUUGGUCAACAUCAGCCUUCCCCUCCUCAGCUGGUGACAAUCCGACAAUGAUGAAUUUUCUUCGUGGCUGCAGUGGAAGUUUGUGAGAAUGGUCUGUUUUCGGUUAUCUAUUGCUUCGGUACUUCUCCAAGCAUUUAUUAUUUUUUAUUUGUAAACCAUACUGCUUAAAUGUGCAUUUUGCUUGAAACGAGUGCAGCAUCUGAUGCAAUAAAGAGUUAUGAGUAUGAGAUAGCAAGUGGA